ACCCAAAAGCAACAGAAGCCAGACCAUAGUUGCUUAUUAUUUUUAUAGUAUCUGUUGCAGCCAGAAGAAGUUGGCGUAGGUACGAAGCGAAACUCUCCCGCGUUUGUCGAUUCGUCUCCUCUAAUUAACGAAUCCUUGAUUCAACACAACACAUAUUUCUUUCUAGUUUCUACUGUUUUCUUUUCUAUAUGUUCCCCAAUCACACCAUAACCUUAAAACGGACACAACUGUGCUCCUUCCAACAGGACAACAUCGUUCUAAAAACUAUCAAUUAUUCUCUCCGUUUGCUCUGAUGAUUGUUAUUGCUUUCGUAAUCGGCCCCUAGAGUCCUCCAUAAUCCCUUCUGGAUCUCUCCAUGGCCACCCUCUCAGCUUAUCCUAGCCCUAACCCUAACCCUAACCCUAAUUUUCUCUCACCUACAGAACAAACCAACCAAAGCCAGGAAUCUCUCCCUCAGAUGCAACGUCAACCUUCCCCUGACCCGGAGCCGAACCCGACUCCCAACACUAACCCUAAUUUCCACACCCCACUUUCGACCCCACCCGAGGCGGUUCCUCCAGCCGCGCAGCUGCCCUCUCUUCUGAACCUCUCCUUCAACCAGGACCACUGCUGCUUCGCCGCGGGUAUUGACCAUGGCUUCCGGAUCUACAACUGCGAUCCAUUCCGCGAGAUCUUUCGCCGAGAUUUCGAUCGCGGCGGCGGCAUCGGGGUUGUCGAGAUGCUUUUUCGGUGCAAUAUUUUGGCUGUCGUUGGCGGUGGACCCGACCCGCAAUACCCGCCUAAUAAAGUCAUGAUCUGGGACGACCACCAGAGUCGAUGCAUUGGCGAGCUUUCGUUUCGUUCGGAAGUAAGAUCAGUUCGGCUUCGGAGGGAUCGAAUCGUAGUCGUUUUGGAACAGAAAAUUUUCGUUUACAAUUUUGCGGAUUUGAAGCUGCUGCACCAGAUUGAAACCAUCGCGAAUCCGAAAGGACUCUGCGCGGUGUCUCAGGGGGCCGGGUCUUUGGUUUUGGUUUGUCCCGGAUUGCAAAAGGGACAGGUCAGGGUUGAGCAUUACGCUUCGAAGAGGACUAAGUUUAUUAUGGCCCAUGAUUCAAGAAUUGCGUGCUUCGCACUAACGCAGGAUGGGCAGUUGCUUGCUACUGCGAGCACGAAAGGGACGCUGGUUCGCAUUUAUAAUACCGUAGAUGGUUGCUUGCUGCAAGAGGUAAGGAGGGGAGCAGAUAGAGCUGAAAUUUAUAGUUUGGCGUUCUCUUCAAAUGCCCAGUGGUUAGCAGUUUCAAGUGACAAGGGAACCGUCCAUGUUUUCAGCCUUAAGAUUAAUGCUGGUUCUCCAGGCACUGACAGGUCACGAGGUGCAUCCGACCCUGUUACAUCAUCCCAUUCCUCUCUUUCUUUUAUCAAAGGAGUGUUACCCAAGUACUUUAGCUCAGAAUGGUCGGUAGCUCAGUUCCGCCUGGUUGAAGGUUCUCAGUAUAUUGUUGCUUUUGGUCACCAAAAGAAUACGGUGGUAAUUCUUGGCAUUGAUGGAAGGGCGGCGUUGGAAGUAUUUUAUGACUUGUAGGUGUUUGAAGCGAGCUUGGUAAUUACUCAAUGACCUUGACAUAGGAGUUUUUGAUCCACCACUUUCCUAGAGUUAUCUGUUGUCAGAGCAUAAUUUGUGAAAAAUCUUACGAGUUUAUUCUUAGGAAAUUUCCUUGAAGCAUCUAGGUGUCAUCAAGAUGGUCCCUGUUGAUGUGGCCAAAACCUUUGAUAUUCUUUUGCUAGGGUUUUCAUCACUUCCUCUGCUGCUUUUCACUUGGCAUGAGCUGACUAAAUCCUUUUUUUUUUUCCUUCUUCGCUGCUACUUUUUCCUUUUGUUCUUGUUUCUGUCUUUGUUGAAGUGCAAAAUUUAUGGGAUAAUGAGGGCCUCUAAAAAGUGCAAUUGAUUA